UUGACACGCAAACGCGAACGUCACCCAUGUUAUUAUGUGUGCAUAAUUAGAAAUCUGAGGGCUAAUUUGCGGCGGAUUUGAUGUCUCAUCGCAAGGUAUUUGUUAUUAACUACGAGUGGUAGUGUUUGUGAGGCUUAUGGAUGAUUUGCAUACGCACACAAAUGGAGUGAUUAACGAGAAAGUACUGUUCACACAUUUUGAACGCGGUAUAGGCCCUGAAGAAUUCACUCUGCUCAGCAGGCAGGGACUUGCCAUCACCAUCGAUCGUCAGUCGACGUGACUGAACUGAAUCCAAGAUAGUGCUGUUAUAAAUGAUGAAAACCCUGUGCUUCGGCUGAACAGUGUCACUGCAGAGCUAGUCAAGAUGGCCGAUAUCCAGGCUGCGCUAGAAUUUGCCGUUGAACUCACAAAGUUCCACAACAUCGACUUGUUCCAAAGAGGGUAUUAUCAUGUCCGAUGUUCCAUCAAGGGAGGGCCGAAGACCACACUGAAAUCGGAGGCCACCGUCGUCAAACCCUGCGAGGGCUCCAACAAUCUGGCUGCCUACACUUGGAAGAACGUAGGCGUGUCCAGAACGUUUCCGAUCCUGUACAAGCGGGAGGAGGUGGACCUUCAAAACAUCACUCUCUUCAAGGUCUACCUAUUGGUAGACAGUCACAGGAUUGAAGAGUCGCUGCACGAAGCCAGCAUCCUGCUGAAUGUGGACCUGCAUUUCUCAGGCAGUGAAGAACCGCCCGGCACCCCCGAAUCAAUGGAGGUCAUCAGCUCGCGGACGCUCAAGCUGAAUAUCAACGGCUCGGACGGCCUCCACAGUCACGUACCGCUCCUCUUUGACUACUUCCACCUGUCGGCAGUGUCGAUAACGGUGCAUGGCUCCCUGCUGGGACUCCACCAGGCCACUUUUAGCGUACCCAAGCCAGUCAAGUCAGGGUGGCUGCAUCGCAUAUCAGGAUCAGGAUCGCCUACCAAACAGCCCCCAAUUCCCACCCUGGAAGCUGUCCUCUUUGGACCCCCUGGAAAACCCCCUCUCUCCAGCUCCUCGAGCGACAGAUACACAGUUCCAGCUGAGAAGAAUGCCCACGCCUAUCAGAUCUACCACAGCAUGUGCGCUGUGCUGCUGCAGACGCGAUGUGCGCUCUGCCUCACGUUCAACGAGCUGGGCAAGCACUUGCCACAGGACCAGCAGUUCACGUUGGAAACUGCUGACUACGGAGAGAAGCUUCAGAUCAUGUGCGAAUCAUUCCAGAGACUAACCGACCAAGAAGACAUCAUGGAGUCAGUCAACACGCACAUUUCCCAAUUGUCUGGAGAACUGUGCCUUAUAUGGACGCAGUUUAUAGAAAUCAUGGUCAAGAACGGCUACAUCAAUAACUACCUGAGGGCCGAGUACCACAAUGCAAGGGUCCAGCGGUUCUCGGAGGGCUUCUUCACCAUCGAUAACCCUAAGCCGUCAGCCGUCACCUUCCACGAGAUCAGCUGCCAGGGCUACUCUUACAUCAGCCAGGCCAUCCGCAACUCCCUCUACUACACCUCCCUACCCAGGCUGCCGCUGGAGUGCACCGACACGGAUGGCGACCCCCAGACCAUACCCAUCAUCUUUGAGGAUCGCUACCUGGAUUCGGUGGACACGGAGGAAGUGCUGAACCUGAGCAUCGACGAGAUUGCGCAGUCGGCCCGCACCCUCCCGAAGGCACCCACCCCAAAGGAACACGCGCCCGAUCAACACAAGCCCUCCUCGCCACGGGAGAAGAGCCCCGUGCAGAAGGCCGGCACUUCCACCCCGUUGAGGGACAAGAAGCAUGCAAAGCACAAAGCUAAGUCCAAGCACGGCCUGCGGGCUUCCAGGACCGGCAAGUCCGGCAGCUUGCGCCUCUCAGGCCGGGGCCAGGAGGCCGUGUUGGGACGCGAUUACAGUCAGUACGAGAUAACAGAUGCCCAGCCUUCCAUCAGCGAGUUGCUUGCCUCCGCUGACCCCAAUGUGCCGACAGAGAGAAGGCUUAUCACCUCUUAUUCCUCGCUGCCGAGCUUAAGUCGGUCGUCUUCUCUGAACAAACCGACUGAACAAACGGCGGGAGAUUCAGCAAGCGGCAAUAAACGAGAAAGUUAUAUCAAAACAAGGGCCCUCUCGACCCCAGAGUACACAUACUCCUCGUUAACCUCCCAACCAGUGCAAGGACCAUACUUUAGGAAUCAAGCCCCUUUUGUUGAGGGCAGCGAAAGCUCAGGAAUUAUCGGCAGCACGGAUGCCUUUGUGAGGACUAACUACACCGAGACAAACGGAGAGGUGUAUGCCAACGGCUACGAGGAGUCGGAUGAGGACCCUGAAAUCGCUGCCACUAGGACGGAACGGGAUGCCAACCCUAAGAACCAAGAGCUGGCCACCAUCACAGCUGCAGAGAUUGACCUCUCCUUUGUGGACAGCAUGGCUCAGCUGAAUGGCAGUAACGCAGCAGCGAGCGCCAGCGACGUGGAUGAUCUGCCCAACAUCCAGUUGUGCGUGUCGGCCAACGAGGAGCCCAUCUCCCUGGAGAACUCCCAGCUCCGUUUCCUUGACACUGACUCGGGUAUGGAAUCUGAUUCGGCAUCCUCCCGGAAGAACUCGGACACCCCUCAGAACACUGGCAUCCCCCUCCAGUCCAGCUCGCCCAAGGCAUCCAGCCCGGAGGGCGCCGAACCGGAGGCUUCGGCACAUUCCACACAGCUCGUUCCAUCCGAGGAUUCGGAAGAGCCAGACAGCCAACCGGCAGAACUCCAACUCAGCUCAACUCAGGUAACGCCGGCCGUGCCACGGACAAUUAACCCAGCAAGCAGUGCAAUACUGGAGCUGUCCGCAGGCAGGACAAGUCCCAGCGCCAACAGUUCCUUCUCCUCCUCCAACGCAAGCCCGGAGGACUCCGCCAAGCACGGCCACGCUCUCUGCGACUGCAACUCGGUCCACCUGGUCCCCUCAAAGGUGAACACCUGCAUCGGCUGCUUCGCGUUCAUACACCACAGCAACAGCUCUGCCUCCUCGGGCAACAGCGGGGCCGAGGCCUGCGUGGUGAAGCCCGCCCUCACCCGCCAGCCGGUGGCCAGUGCCGCCGUGUCGGACGCCACUGCAGUGGGGCAGAGCCACAGCAAGGAGCCAGUGGAUCACUCCAGGCUCCAGGCAGGCUUGGUGCAGACGUUAUCACAAGUGUCUCAAGCAAGUUUUAACGUUGCCAAAGAAGACUUCAAGCACAAACUCCGAUUCACGGGCAAGCUCUACAGCGACCUGCCAGAGAAAGCUUCCCGCAAGCCGUACUUCAGCAUGCCGGAGCCACCAAUGGAACCUGAGGAAGAAGAAUUAGGUUUGGAGGUUCACCUGGUGGUCUGCGUUCACGGUUUGGAUGGGAACAGGGCGGACUUGAGGCUACUGAAAACCUACCUGGAGUUGGGACUGCCCGGGGAGCGGUUCGAUUUCUUGAUGUCGGAGAGCAACCAGGGAGACACCUUUGCUGAUUUUGAUACGAUGACGGAUAAGCUGGUGAAAGAGAUCAUCAUGUACAUUGACGUCUUCAGGAUACGACCCAAGAAGCUGAGUUUCAUAGGCCAUUCUCUCGGCACCAUCAUCAUCCGAUCGGCAUUGACGAGGCCGCAACUUGAGCCAUACAUAGACAGGAUGUUCACAUUUCUCUCGCUGUCCGGUCCGCACCUGGGCCAGCUCUACAACAGCAGCGCCAUCGUCAACACUGGCAUGUGGCUGAUGCAGAAAUGGAAAAAGUCUAGUUCCCUGCUUCAGCUCGCCUUCAAGGAUCACACGGACAUGCGCCAGACAUUCCUCUACAAGCUCAGUCGCUCUUCGGGGCUGAGUUUCUUCAAGAAUGUGGUACUUGUAGGGUCAUUGCAGGAUCGCUAUGUACCAAUUCACUCAGCCAGGAUUGAGAUGUGCAAGCCGGCUGUGAAGGAUAAAUCCCCCCUAGGAACUGUCUACAACGAAAUGAUCAACAGCCUCUUGCAGCCAGUCAUUCAGAAUGCCAACUGCACUCUCGUCCGUUACGACGUCAACCACACCCUCAGCACCUCUGCCAACACCCUCAUUGGCAGAGCAGCCCACAUUGCCUUCCUCGACUCAGAGCUCUUCAUCGAGAAAUUCAUGAUGGUGUCGGCGCUGAACUACUUUAAGUAGUCUGCCGUCAGGUGGAGCCUCAGGUCUGGGGAUGGUGGUAUGUUGAAUGAUCGCUAAUUCCUUGUGAGGUAUGGAAAGCAAAACACUCAGAAAAUGGUUGAGCAGGUGUGAUGUUUGACUCAGAUGUGAUGUUUGACUCAGAUGUAGUGGUGUGCGGGUUCGAACCCCAAAGGUGCGGUGGUACUACAAUUUCAUCUCUCCAUCCACAAGUAUCAAUAUUGGUACCGUGAGGGCAGAGAACAAAUUGUGCCGAUCUCAAGUUCCUGCAAAAAGCUGAACUCACAGCACAGUGAGCUGGGAUCGUAACUGUGAAGUGCUUGGAGACUUAUUAAAGUAUACCGGGUUUUAGCACCUUAUGCUCAAAUGUUUUCACAAGUUUAAUCAGGUUGGAUUCGAACCAGGAACCGCCUGCUUUGUAGUGCAGACACCCAACCAUCUAACCACAAAGUAAUCCAGGUGGAUUUGGGUGUUUUAGUACAGAGGCCCAAGACAAGACAAAUAGAAAAUGAUGUACCCUUCCCACUAAUUAAUGAAUUUUUAUAAUAGUUUGUACUGGAACUUGCAGUUCAUUUUCUCAGCAGUGUAAGGCUGUGUCGGUAAUGAGGUUACUCACUUAAUCGAUUUUCUAACCAGUUAUCCCUCACAAGUUCAGUCACCAGUCCUGUCGUAAGACUAGUCACACAAGUAGCAGGGGAAUUGUGAUGGAUGCAACUCAUCACCUUAACCCCUUUUGGUCCCCCUACUGGGUGAAGGAAUGCCAAGUAUUUUUUUAGCCAGUCUGUUGAUCCGCAUGGCCGAAUGUCUCAUCUCUUGCUUGAUGUCUGCCGAGCUUUUUUUUCCCAGAGAGAUUGCCGUCUCGGUUGUGAGAUUGCUUCAUUGUCCAGUUUUCGUUUUGCCUUUUCCUCCAUCCCGUCCUCUCUCAUCUUUUUUGCCAUUAAUUUAACCCCUUCCGGCUGGGAUUCUUUUGACUGUGACUGCCGGGCUGCGGUAUGCCCAGUAUGCAAAGCCCCGUCCUAUACCCAGCAAGA